CAGGUUUUCCUUCCAGCCUAGUAGGACGUAGCAGUCUACCGUGUGUGGCUGAAAGAAACAUCCAGCCUUGUUUACAGCGCUGAAUCCAUCCCACUGAGCCGUGAUCCCACAACCGGAGCCGCUGACUGACGUUGUAAGAGACAAGAAAACGGGUUCUAAUGGAUACUACAAGGGUCUGAAUCUGAACGAACACUGACGAUAUUGAAAUAAUCCCGUUUCUGCGUGCUGAAAAUGGAUUCAGUUGUUAGUGUGUCUGUAUGAGCGGCGGGUGAAGACGGAGGAGGGAGACACCGGGGGCUGCAGUUGUUGAAUCCUUUUUCGUCCUGACGGAUAUUUUGGAUCAAACCUCAUGUGUCUCACUCCGGGAGGGCUCUUUUUCCCAUUCAUGUGCUAACUAAAGUAUACCUCCACCAAACCCCGAACCAAGCCUGCUCUCCCGUCCACGUUGGAGGACUUUCUCCCCGCCUGGUGAAGAGCGCAUUCAAGCGAACAAAGUGGCAUUUUGGUUUUGAAGAAAUGGAGUCGGAAGAUGCGGAUUGUCAACUGCUCGACAUGGCUGUUUCUCUGUAACAUUUCAUACAUCCCUGGGAGGUUGUCUGUCUCAACCCGACGUCGACGGGUAAUUAUAUGAUAGAGAGACCAGACAGCCUUGUUUUCCUGCUGGAUUCAACCCACCCCGCAGUGGACUCCAGACAUUCCUCAACACAGGAGAAGACGACGUCUGUUAGUCCGGGAGAUCGCAUCGGCUGGCUGCCGACGGUACCGAUACUGACGGUACUAACACCGACGGUACCGAGAAGUCAACAUUUAGGAAUACAAGUCAGGGACGUGUUCAUUUUGGUCCACGUUCUUGGCCUUUAUUUGUGUGGCCUGAGAAGCGACCAUAUUGUGAGCAUUAAUUAAUUGGGGUCAUUCCCGUUGUUUGUUUCUGACGCUGGGAGGAAGUUUCUUUUACCGGAAUGAAGUCUGGCACAGAAACGGAUCCGUUGACCUUGUUCUGUGGUCUGCUGCUGUGUGUCUCCGCGACCUGCCCUCGGCCCGCACAUGGAGAAAUUUGUGGUCCCAGCAUUGACAUUGGUAACGACAUCAGUGAGUUCCGUCGCCUGGAGAACUGUACGAUCGUCGAGGGUUACCUCCAGAUUCUCCUAAUAGGAGACAAGAACUACAACCUCAACCAGGAAGUGUUCCGCUCGCUCUCCUUCCCCAAACUCACCAUGAUCACUGACUACUUGCUGCUGUUCAGAGUCUCGGGCCUGGACUCCCUGUCCACCCUGUUCCCUAACCUCACGGUGAUCCGAGGGAGAAAUCUCUUUUAUAAUUACGCCCUGGUGAUCUUUGAGAUGACUUCUCUGAAGGACAUCGGCCUCUACAGCCUCCAGAACAUCACUAGAGGAGCCAUCCGGAUCGAGAAGAACCCUGAGCUCUGCUAUCUGGACUCUAUUGACUGGUCUCUUAUCAUGGAUGCUGAGUUUAAUAACUUCAUAGCGGGGAAUAAACAGAGUAAGGAGUGUGGGGACGUGUGUCCAGGCAUCAUGGAGGACAGCCGUCGAUGCAUCAAGACCAACUUCAAUGACAACUUCAACUGUCGCUGCUGGACCUCUAACCACUGCCAGAAAGUGUGUCCUGAUAAGUGUCAUGCGUGUACAUGGGAUGGUGAGUGUUGUCAUGGCCAGUGUCUGGGUAGCUGUACGGAACCUAACACUGAUUCGUCUUGCGCUGCCUGUCUCCACUACUACCACGAGGGGCGCUGCGUUCCAGACUGCCCCCAUGAUACCUAUAAGUUUGAAGGCUGGCGCUGCGUCACCCUGGACUUCUGCUCCAGCGUCCACCUGCCUGACUUCGACCGCUUCGUCAUUCACAGAAGAGAGUGCAUGUCUGACUGUCCUUCUGGAUUCACACGCAACAAGAGCAAGAGGUGAGUGGGUUUGUCUUCU